AUGCCUAAAGAUUUCAAAAGAAAGAAAAAACGAAAGUUCACUGGCAAUCGCUAUGGUGCUAAACCAGCGAAGAAAGCGUGUGUCGAUAAUGCAAAUGACACACACUCAGAAGCGUCUACUUCAAGCGAUGCUUUCCAUACUUCUGCUUCGGCGAGAAAGAUUGACGGCCACAAUAUUUUAGAUGGGAGUAAGGAAAAAACUGUUAAUGUUUUGGGCUACCGCUUCAUUGACAUGGAGUUAUUAUUCGCAUUUGUGACUGAAAUGUGUUGUAAACAAUGUGGCGACUCAACUCUUGUUCUGGAAGAUAACAAACACGAAAGGAAAGGUUGUGUAUCCCAUCUCAGAGUACGAUGCCAAAGUUGUGGGUGGGUAUACACGUUUUACACUUCUAAGAAGCAGGAAUACGCUUUUGAUGCGAAUAAAAGAUUUGUGUAUGCGAUGCGUAGUCUUGGUAAAGGCCAUACAGCGGCCAAACGAUUUUGUGCCCUAAUGAACAUGCUACCUCCCCCUCAGCCUACUGCAUACAGGGCUUGUAACAUCGCGAUAGCAAAGGCAGCAAAGACAGUGGCUGUGAAAACAAUGAAUGAUGCUGCCAAUGAGCUAAGAAAUGAUCAAUCCAGGGAUAUCAACCAGUGUGCUGUUUCUUGUGAUGGUACAUGGCAGAGACGGGGCCAUUCUUCCUUGAAUGGGUGUGUGACAACACUGUCAAUGGAGAAUGUGAAGUGCCUUGAUGUUGAAGUUUUAAGUAAAGUGUGUCAUGGCUGUCAGAGAGUAGAAAGGGAAGUUGAUGUGGGAAAGAAGGCUGCAAAGAAAGCAGAGCAUGUUGGUAAGUGUAAGGUGAAUCACAUAGGCUCAUCUGCUUCGAUGAAAACUGAAGGUGUGAAGCGAAUAUUUGAGAGGAGUGAAAAAGAUCGCAAGCUUCAGUAUACAGAGUACUUUGGGGAUGGUGAUAACAAAGCCUAUUCUGAAGUGGAGAAUGUGUAUGAUGGCAUACAUGUAGAGAAAAAAGAAUGUGUUGGACAUGUUCAGAAAAGGGUUGGCACAGCUUUGCGAAAAUUGAAGAAAGAGCAUAAAGGAAUUGGAGGAAAGGGAAAGCUGAAAGACGCAAUGAUUGAUAAACUUCAGAAUUACUAUAGUAUUGCCAUUCGUAGUAAUUCUGCUGACUUAGAAGCUAUGAAAUCAGCCAUUUAUGCCUCUCUGUUCCAUUGUGCUUCAUCAAAAAGAAGAAACCUUUAUCACCAUUGCCCUGAUGGGCCUGAAAGUUGGUGCCGUUUUAAGCAGGAUAAAGCCAAUCAGACAAAUAACUAUAUUCCAGGACCUGGCUUACCAGAUGAUAUAAUUGGUUUAGUAAAACCAAUCUUUUUAAGACUGAGCAGUAAUGAGCUCUUAAGCAAGUGUUUGGAUGGAAAGACCCAAAACCAGAACGAAUCAAUAAAUGGUAUGAUCUGCAAUAGGAUUCCAAAGAAUGUAUUUGUUGGGUUUGAUGUUCUGGAGCUUGGUGUCUAUGAUGCUGUGGCACACUUUAAAGAAGGAUUAAAAGCCGAGCCAUAUUACUUUCUGGGCGUACAAUGUUACAUGCCAUAUAUCACUAAAAUGUUAUGA